AUGUCUUUUGCAGAUGCAUUCACAAAAGAUACUGGUCAUUCUAAUUUAGAAUAUGACGACAAUGCAUUUUUUUAUGUUACAGAAAAAGGAAUAUUCGGAUUAGAAAAUACAUCAGUUUAUUAUUUAACUGAAAAUUUACAGUCAGAUCUAAAUACAUAUUAUUUACUAAAGCUUAUUUCUAAAAUUAAAGAAGUUAAGAAAAUUGUUUCAAAAGUAUCUAAACUUCAAGCUGAAGAAAUAAGAAAAUUAGUUUCAAUCGAGAAAAUUAUUUCUGAGGUUGAAUUGAAAGAUGAUUGUGAUGCUAUUGUAGCAUUUUGUUUAUUUUUUAUUUAUUUGCAAAGAAAGAAACACUUGCUUUCUACCGAUUUGCAAAAAAUUCUGGAUAGUUUGCUUAUAAUUUCUGAAGUUGCAACCAAGUUUGCUUUGCAUCUUGCUUUUAUUCAUAGUUGGUGUGAUUGCGUUCAAACUAUUAUUGGUCUUAGAAAGUGUAUUAGGCAGUCAGUCAUGAUUAGUAGUUAUUUUUUAUGUCAAGCUCCGCAUAUUGACGAAGAGAAAGCAUCUAAUAUCAACGAAAUUCUUCUAUCUGAGUUUGGUACUAAAAAAAUGGCACAUUUCAAUAAUUUUAAAGAGUUAAUACACGAAUUUUUAAUUAACAGGGAUAAAUACUUGAAGAAUUUAACAGAAGAACAAAACAAUGAUAUUGAGCUGUUUUACAAAUCUCUACCUACAUAUGUCAUACGGGCCGAAGUAUUUGUAGAAGAUGAAGAUGAUAUUGCUGUUGGUGAUAUUGCAACUAUUUCAAUCAUGAUAAAAAGAAACACAGCUGGAAACAUAGUUAAUUCUGGUUAUUUCCACUGUCCAUAUUAUCCUGAAUAUAUUCAAGAAAGAAUUUAUAUUUUCGUUUCUGAUAAAAAAAACAAUAGUUUGUAUAAUUGUCAGCAAGCCAUUGUAACGGAUAAAGAAUACAAAAUAAAUUUUAAUAUACCUGUAACUGAAUCAAAUGAAAACAACUUGACCAUUGCUGUAUUUACAGAUAGUUAUUUUGCCAACGACAAGAUGUUGGAUGUCUCUUUCAAAGCCGCACCAAAAGAAAAAUUAAAAAGAAGAUCAAUAUUGCACAAAGAUGAUUUAAUAUUGGAUAACGAAAAUUUCGUAGGUUCUGCUUGGAAACUUUUCUAA